GAUUUUUCCUAUCCAAACGUCGAGGGCUGCGUUGGUCUCGCCAUGGCGUGCUUUCAGGGCUGUUGGCCCUUCCUGCGGCCAUUCGAUAACUCCGUGGAGUCCCGAAGCCCGAGCCUACGGAUUUUGACGGCCAACGACAUUUAUCGACCUGAACGCUUUCCGAUGCUCCGGAGCCUUUGUCAAGGCCUCACGAAGAACGGCGGCGCCAGCAAGUUCGUACUGCCUGGGGACUUGCUGGGCGGAUCAUUGUUCGCCAACCUGCAUCAAGGGGAGUCGGUGAUUGACCUGCUGAAUGCCAUUCAUGUGGACUACUGUGUGUUGGGGAACCACGAAUUCGACUUUGGCGCUGAACGCACCAAAGAGCUCAUGAACAAGUCGAGCUUCCCCUGGUUAGGCUCCAACGUGAGGGAUGCGAGGCCACCCAGCAAUGGUCACAAGCCCCUCUUCCACACCACCCUGGAUUACGACGUCUUCCCCAUCUCCGUCGGAGCGGAGAACCGCACGGUGUUGGUGGGCGUCUUCGGGCUUUGCACGGCGGCCACGCCGCAGCUCUCACAGCCCGGGAAAGAGGUGGCUUUUGAACAGCCGCAUGAGCAUGGGCGACGCUGCGUCGGGGCAUUGCGUGAGAAGGGCUGUGAGUUCAUCAUCGCGCUCACACACUUGUCAUUAGUGAACGACAAGGAGUUGGCGGAGAGCUGCCCGGGCAUCAACGUGAUUCUGGGAGGCCAUGACCAUGACCCCUUUUUUCUAGUGCAUCGCGGCGUCUUGAUCGCGAAGUGCGGGCAGAAUGCCGAUCACCUGGGAGUCUUGGAUUUGCAUUUGGCCUUCACUGGGCCCAACCAUUCCCUGCAGGCGGAGCAUUCCUUCCAAUUCCUCAACACUUCCAGCGCCAGCGCCGACCCUGAGGUGGCCAAGAUCGUUGAGAAGUGGAACGCGCAAGAUGGAGAAGAUGAAACCGUUUGUUCGAUCAAGGACGUGCCGCUGUCCUCGCGCACCAAUGAGCUCCGAACUCGAGAGAACUCCUUCGGCGGCCUCGUCGCAGACGCCAUGCGCUGGACCUUCCGCCACCAGGGAUGCCAGGGUGCGAUCAUCAACGGUGGCUUCGUGCGACACGACCGGAUCUACCUGCCUGGGCCCCUGACCCGGUCGCAGAUCAACGAGGAGAUGCCCUUCAACAAGCGGAUCGCCCUGCAGCGCUUGAGCGGCCAGCAGCUGCGACGAGGACUCGAGGAGAUGCUCCGCUCGACACCCACGCCAGUGGCCUGCUUCCCGCAGAUCUCAGAGGGGAUGCACUUGGUCUAUUCGCCUGAAGCGCCCGCCAUGGAGAAGAUCAAGUCCUUGAAGAUCAACGGCUCCGAGGUGGAUCCUCAACGUGAGUACCUGAUCGCGGUGAGCGAGUUUUACACCUUGGUCGCGGCGGACGGCGUCACCACCUUCCACGACACGCCGGUGCUGGAGCUCUAUGAGGGCCUCAUCCGCGAGGCUGUGGUCAGCUACCUGCAUGAGAAGAAGGAGCUGAGUGGCGCUUUGCCUGGGCGCAUCGUGGUGGACGGCGCAUAGUGCAGUGUUUUGGACCCACGCACCGCGCAACCGUGGUCGGCGACGGGGCAUUUUGGCCCGUGGUCCCGGUGGUGAUGGCGCAGACCGCGGUCAUGUUGAUAGCUUCAUGCUGCGGGUGAUCAUGUUGGAAUGUCGACGUCC